UGCCUAUCUGCAAGAUUUGGGGCCAGAAAUAUUGCUGAUUACACUAUCGUUGGAAUUGACCACAGUCGUUUUGCAUAGAUAUAAUACGUGUGUGUGUGUGUGUUCUCUCGUAGUUUUCCCCCUUCCCAGAAUUACGCUCAACAAGACUCAAGAAUUUUAAAAAUCUAUCGUUGUUCAAGUUUGACCAGGCCAAAAGAAAAGUUAUACAUGAACUUCUCAAUGUCUUUUUGCUUUUGAAACUGAAGCUUGCUUGAUGUUCUAGUUUUCAUUCACUUUUCGUGUGUAAAUUAAAAAUUGAGGAAAUCGCUACUGAUGAUUUUGUCCACGAAGCUUGUUAGUUUCUAGGUUGAGCUUGUUCGGUGGAGGAACAGUUAUAACCUGGGUGAAAUGAGUCGAAUGUUGUAUGUAUUCUUGAUACUACUAAAAAACUUAUAUAAGGAGGCUUACCACUGUUACCAUGUUCUUCUGUAUGAGUUUUACUUGAUCAAUAUUUAUGAAAAUCUGAUAUUAGAUUUCAUAACUAGUGAAGGAAUUUUGUUAUCUGAUGUUAGCCAGUACUCUGUUUACUGAAUUCAGAAAGGGCUCGCGGAAAUCUAUUUGCAGUUUGUUGCAUAAUCUUGAGUCAGUAAUUUUCAGCUUCUUACAUUGGUUUGGAGGAAUUGUGAAAUUGGUUUGCGAUAUAGACAUUGAGAGUUGUUCCCUCCCCCUCCUCUUUUUAUUUGUGGUCACCUUUUUCCCAUUUUCCAAAGCUGUUCAUAUGAAAAGCACUUUCUGCAUCUAAUUAUAUGCUUCAAGAAUCUGCAUUUCAAGUUCUUGUGUAAUGAAUUGUUUGUUAUUCAUACCAAUAUUCCAUCAGUUCUUUGCCAGAAUCUUCCCCAUGCUGUAGGGACUGGUAAUGUGGGUGAUCUAAGAGCGCUGAGUGACUUUUGUGAUGGUCUUAAGUGGAUGGGUAGCCAUAUGGUUCUAGAACAGGACAACGCUAGCCUAGGGUCCUCAAGAAGUUUUCUUUUAAAAUGGCCAACUAUAGCCUCACAUGAAAUAGAAUGGUGUGUUAUGUUUGCAAUUUACACAGGCUAGAGUUUUCUGGUGUUUUUUGUGUUUAGGUCAACAAAGAAACAUGGUUAUUUAUUAAGAGAUCUAUGUUUCGUUAAUCUAACCUUAAUGCAAGUCUUUGCAAUUUUUCGUUAUAUAGGACGAGCACAAUUUUUACUUUGAACCUAUAGCUACAAUUAUGUAGUAAGAAAUUAAAGCCCAGCGGUGUCGAGUACUCAACCAUGUAUGCUUGACAGAGAAAAUAUCUUCAAGGCCAGUAGAUAAAAUUAGAGGUUGCCAUGUGCCUUUAAGCCAAUGCAAUUUCUAUAGAGAAGCUCCUUACAGGUGCCUAAUUGGACUUAAUAAUCAUCAAAAGAAAAUAAGAGAGGCAGCCAGGUAGCAGUGGAGCAUGAAAUCCCACUCUCCAUGGAGCACAGCCAGAAACCCAGUCAAGUUCCGGAUACCAACAGCAGAUAACCUAGUCCCUAUACGCCUGGACAUCGAAAUUGAGGGACAGAGAUUUAGAGAUGCUUUCAUCUGGAACCCUUCUGAUCCUGAUUCUGAAGUAGUGGUGUUUGCAAAAAGAACAGUGAAAGACUUGAAGCUUCCUCCUGCUUUUGUCACACAGAUUGCUCAAUCCAUACAGACGCAGCUAACUGAAUUUCGGUCGUAUGAAGGGCAAGAUAUGUAUACUGGCGAGAAAGUUGUUCCUAUCAAGCUUGAUCUUCGUGUUAACAGUACUCUUAUAAAAGAUCAUUUUUUAUGGGAUUUGAACAACUUUGAGAGCAACCCUGAAGAAUUUGCCAAAACUUUUUGCAAAGACAUGGGCAUUGAAGAUCCUGAAGUUGGUCCUGCAAUUGCAAUUGCCAUACGAGAACAACUUUAUGAGAUUGCUGUACAAAAUGUGACUUCAGCCCGUGAAAGCAGAAUAAACAAGAAAGGACGCAGAGGGCUUGAACAUAGCCAGGCCAGCAAGAACAGUGGGAAUGCUGUCGACUUAUUUAAGUUAUUUGGCAGCAAGUCCAGCGUCGUCAGGAAGAGGAAGGAGUGGGAUGUAUAUGAACCGAUGAUCGAUCUCUUAUCGAACGACGAGGUCGACGCCCUUGAAGCUAAGGAGGAAAGAAAUGGCCGAUGACUGAAUUAUCAAACAUCAGUAAAAUGUUGUAUUGUAGUAUAAUAUUUGGUUGUUGUAGCAAAAUUAGGAACAAAGAAACUGUGGUAAAUUUUUGGGGGUAAUAGAAUUGUGCAAGGGAAGAAUCAUGAUUAGUUGUGUAACCAAAACGACAGCGUUUUACUUCGUCACAUGCCAGAUUUCACUUUCCCUAA